CAAUCUGCCACUCUUUAUUUUAAACAAAUUCUUUAUUUAUUACUGUAUAUUAUUCCCUGAUUUUUUAUAUAAUUCAAUUCACUCUCCUUCUCUCUCUAUCUUUCUUGUCUCUCUCUUUCUCACGCACACAACACAACACACGAUCCAAUGACGACGAGCAACAACGUGAACGGAUGUUUCGGAGACACGAAGCUGACCAAAGUGUUCGUAGGAGGAUUGGCUUGGGACACUCACAAAGAAGCAAUGUAUGAUCAUUUCAUCAAGUAUGGUGACAUCUUGGAGGCAGUUAUCAUCUCCGACAAACUCACUCGCCGUUCCAAAGGCUAUGGCUUUGUGACUUUCAAAGAUGCGGAAGCUGCAAAGAGAGCUUGCGAAGACUCGACUCCGGUCAUCAAUGGCCGCCGUGCCAACUGCAAUCUCGCCUCCCUCGGUGGUGGUCGCCUUCGUAAAUCCCCUACCAUGGCUUCUCCUCAACAACAAGGACAAAAAUAUGGGAACAGGGCCACGCCACCACAUGUAGGGAAUCAAGCUCAAUGGUACUACCCGGCCGGAUUCACACAUCACCAACAUCAACUUCAACAACAACAACAUCAUCAUCAAGCCGUUCCUUACUAUGGGUAUCCUUCCACCUACGUCGCCCCGAACAUGACGACCUUCAAUCAAAAAGUUGGAUACGUUGGAGGAACCUAUAUGAACGGACACUAUGCACAACCGCAACCACAAUAUUACCAACAUCAUAUGUAUGGUGGAGGGCGAGUUAUGGUUGGGGCAAGUCCAAUGGUGCCUUUCUACACUGUCUAUCCUUAUCAUCAAUCUCAAGCUAUCGGGUUUCCACCACCUUCCUUCUCAAAACCCCUUUCUUAUUCUACUCCUCCCAUAUCAGGCACAGUUGGAGGAGAUAGCAUACAGAAGAAGGCCAUACAUUGACAGGCUACACAAGCUGUUGAUCAAUUGACAGCCCAAAAAAAUUAUUCAUUCUCUCCAUCUCACCAACCUCUAUUUUCACUAGAGACAUGUAUUUUAAUUUCGUCACAUUUUUAUAAUUUAUUCAUUGAAGCGAAGCUGAUAGAGUUUUUCAUUAUAUUUUAUCUUAUAUUAAAAUUA